UUCUUUAUUGUUUAUUCAUUUUUCCGUUGCUUUUCUCGUUAUCCAAACACAAGAAAUCUGCUUUUUUUCAGAGAUUUUAAUAAAAAAAAUAAUAAUAUAAAAAAGUGAUCCUUUUGCAGAGAAGAUUCAAUUCCCUUGUCUCUAGGGGAACCGCAUUAUUGUCUCCAUUACUCCUAAAACCUUCUUUCUCCCAGACCAUCGGCGUAUCUAUUAUCCCGACUUUCACCUACAUGAUGAGAAGACAAAGAGAUGAAGAGUCUAGUAGGGCUUUCUACGACCUAUCUGCCCUUGUCCUGUCUCUCCUCCGUUCUCCUCCGAUGCCCAUUUCUCUCCCGGACCACUUCCCCGAUUCACCGGUGGUGAGAAGUCGUCGGCCUCGGUUUUCGUCGUCGCUUUCCAUGGCUUACAUAUCUCCGUCGGGAUUCGCGUCGCUGCUUCUCGGCGUAUCUGUUGCCCUUAUGCUCUGUGGAUCUGUGACUUUCUUCAUCGGCUUCCUCCUGUUGCCCUGGGUUCUGGCUCUGAUCGUGGUUUUCUAUGUCGUCGGGAUCGUUUCCGCCAUUUCCAUGGCCGGGAGGUCAAUCCUCUGCUACGUCUUGGCGCCCCAGAAAGGAGGUUUCUGAAUGGAAGCUGUUGUGAAGUGAUGCUAUCAUCAUCCCUCAUGCAGAGGACCAAAAAAGAAUCCAGAUUUAGAGUUUUUAUAUCCUCUUUUAUCUGUGUGUUUUGGUUGGGGAAAACCAUGUGGAUAUUGUUUUUUUUACUUUCAAAAAGAUUUGUCUGUUAGAUAGAUAGUAGAGAGAACCUUUCUUAUUUGUGCUUUUUUUCAUGGAUGGUUCUAUUAUUAUUAUGUAACAUGAGUUUCUUAUAAAAAGCAUACAAAAAGUACAUUUGUC